CUCUCUGCCUGCCUCUCCUCAGACUGACGAUGGCUGAAGCCCAGCUGUGUGGAUUACAAGACGAGUUUACCUGCUCAGUGUGUCUGGACACCCUGACUGACCCCGUGUCACUGCAUUGUGGUCAUAAUUUCUGUCUGAAGUGCUUAACAAACUACUGGGAUCAGACCAAAGAGAGCAGCUGUCCUCAGUGCAGACACACCUUCACCACAAGGCCUGAACUGAAGAGAAACACUCAGCUGAAUGAAGUGAUCAAGAAAUUUAAGAGACCAAGACUCAGCCCUCAUCCGUCUCAGAGUUAUGCCGGCCCUGGAGAUGUGGAGUGUGACUUCUGUACUGGGAAGAAGUUCAGAGCGGUGAAGUCCUGUCUAACCUGUCCAGCCUCCUACUGUCAGACUCACCUGCAGCCUCACUUUCAAAUAGCAGCCUGGAAGGGACACAAGCUGGUUGAUCCUGAUAGAAAUCUGAAGGAGAAACUCUGUGAGAAACAUCAGAAAAGUCUGGAGAUGUUUUGUAAAACUGAUGAGACGUGUAUCUGCAUAAUGUGUGGAAUGACUGAACAUGAUGGUCACGAAAAGGUCGAGCUGGAGAUGGAACGUGAAGAUAAAGAGAAACAGCUGGGGGCGACAAUGAGUGAAAUCAGGAGAAGACUUGAGAAGAAAGAGAAGAAAAUGAAAGAGACAAGGAGGACAGUGGAGGAGAUGAAGAUCUCUGUGGAAAGAGUGAUGGAGGAACAUGAGAAGAGCUUCACUGCUCUGAUACGGUGCAUUGAGGAAGCCCACAAGAAACUGACAGAAAGAAUCAGAGAACAAGAAAAGAGAGAAAUGGAGAAAGCUGAAAGAGUCAUGGAGCAACUGGAGAAGGAGAUUGAGGAGCUGAAGAGACGAGAGGCUGAGCUGAAGGAGCUUUCAGAGACCAAGGACCAUCUCCACUUCCUGCAGACUUUGUCACCUCGCUGUGUCCUUCCUGAUGACUCGCUUAACUUGACAGUCACAGCCGAUUUCUCUUCUGAGGACCUGCUAAAGGAGCUGUCAGGUCUGAAAAAGCGUCUGGAGAAGAUCGGCCAGUGGGACAUCCUGACAUGGACUCCAUCAGGUCGUGAAGCUCCAAUCUUCACCCUACAGCCUCUUGAACCUCAGAGUGGAGAGGAGUUUUUACUAUACUUCUGUCCCCUCACACUGGACUUCAACACAGCAAAUACACGCCUCCAUCUGUCUGAAGAGAACAAGAAGGUGGUAUGGGAGUGGACAAAACCCAAAUAUACUGAUCAUUCUCACAGAUAUGACUGCUGGCGCCAAGUUCUGUGCAGAGAGGCUCUAACUGGGACUCGCUGUUACUGGGAGGUGGAGUGCAGUGGAGGUGAUGUGGGGAUUGGAGUCGCAUAUAAAGGACUGAGCAGGAAAGGACAGGGCAGGGAGUGCCGCCUUGGAAAUGACGACAAGUCCUGGAGUUUGCAGUGGUCUCAUUCCCAGUACUCUGUGUGGCAUAAUAACAAUCAGACUGAAAUCCGCACCCCCUACAGCCCCAGAAUAGGUGUGUAUCUGGACUGGCCUGCUGGCUCUCUGUCAUUUUAUAGCGUCUCACACACAAUGACCCUCCUGCACAGGUUCAACACCUCCUUCACUGAGCCCCUCUAUCCAGCAUUUUGUCUUGAUCUUCACUGCAGUGUAACCAUCAGCCAUCUGACACCAUGUGACCACUGACCAGUACCCUCCACAGAUCACUUGUUGUCUCCACGAGUUCACGUCCUCUUUGUGUUUGUAGUUUGGGGUGAAAUUAAAUUUACAGGAUGGGUGGGAAGGGGGGGCUGCAACUCUCUGAUUUAAUUUGUGGAUGAGAAUGCGGGGCGAGUGCGGCUGUCAGGGUCUCCAUUAUUAUUGGGUCUGAGUAACCAAUCAGGUGUGUAUGUCAUAAUGAGGGGCGGAGACACCUCAGACCUACAAAUACCAGUCUGACCAGCAGGGGUCACUGUUGAUUCACAGCCACAUGUCCUUCAGGCUGACAUCACAACAUCUACUGAGGCCCCCAAGUGUCACUAAAUGUCACCUGUUAAGUAGGACAGGCGUGUGGUCCUGCUGGAUCAGCACAACUGAAAGGCGCUAUACAGACUCAGUAUGGAGAGCUCUUGAAUAGUGACUAUAUGUAGGAGCAGAGAGUGACAGAUGGGACUGGAGUGUUGUCCACUCACCGGACAUGUUGUGACCCUCCAUUGGUCACUCAAAGGGUCCUUCACUUCAGAAUGAAUUCACUGUGAACGUCUGAAGACGAGGACUCACCGGUCAGUCAGAUGUCGGCCAUACUGACAGAGUUUGGUGUUUUGGUUGAUGUCACAUUAAACUUUAAACUGCACCUCCUCCUUGUCCACAGAUUUGUCACUCUUGGUACCCUGAAAGCUCCAACAUCUUCACAAAAUGAAUUCUUGGUGAGUUGGCACACACUUGACAUGGGUGCACAUGUGUGGCUUUGCAGUGGUCUGGCACCCCAUCCAGGGUUGGCCCACCUUGUCCACAAACCUGAAAUUGAAAAGCAGAUAUGAAAGACAAGGAAUGGACAGAAGGGGUCACUGAUUGGUCAGUCGCCAAACUACUGCCUCUUGUAGCCACUCUAAAUUUUACACAGCAAUUUAUA